CCGGAGGAGGAACAGCACCAAGGACACGCUUCUGCAGCUCUAUCUACACCUCCAGAUUGGACUUUUACUUUUUUAUUUCCGAUUGAAAUCAAUGAAGGAGAGACGGUCCUGUCAGAAACUGUCUCUGCUAUCCGGCAUGGAUCCCAGUCAGAGUGUGAAGUGUAAGAUCGUGGUGGUGGGAGACAGCCAGUGCGGGAAGACCGCCCUGCUUCACGUGUUCGCCAAGGACUGCUUCCCCGAGACCUACGUCCCCACUGUGUUCGAAAACUACACAGCCAGUUUUGAAAUCGACACGCAGAGGAUUGAGCUCAGUUUGUGGGACACCUCAGGGUCUCCGUACUACGACAAUGUGAGGCCCCUCUCCUACCCAGACUCUGACGCUGUGCUCAUCUGUUUCGACAUCAGCCGCCCUGAAACACUCGACAGCGUCCUGAAAAAGUGGAAAGGGGAGAUCCAGGAGUUUUGUCCCAACACGAAGAUGCUUUUAGUCGGAUGCAAGUCAGACCUGCGCACAGACCUGAGCACGCUGGUGGAGCUCUCCAACCACAGACAGACCCCCGUCUCCUACGACCAGGGGAACAGCAUGGCCAAGCAGAUCUCGGCGCCCUACAUAGAGUGCUCGGCGCAGCAGUCUGAGAACAGCGUCAGAGACAUUUUCCACGUGGCGACACUGGCUUGCAUUAACAAGAACAACAAACACGUGAAGCGCAGUAAGGCCCCGCGCGGCAACAAGAGGAUCUCACACAUGCCCAGCAGGCCUGACCUGGCAGCGGUGGCCUCGGAUCUCCGGAAGGACAAAGCCAAAAGUUGCUCGAUCAUGUGACUGAUCGGACCGAGGGGGAUCAGACUGACGAGGACAGAGCUCAGUGCAAGCAGGAAGCGAAGGGCCGACGCUCUUUCCUGCAUGCUAAAGACCCCUAAUUUGUCUGGAAGGGGGUUUGAUAAGCUUCAGUUCGUGUACAUGUUACUGGAAUACUCAAUGCGUAGUAGCCUCCCGAUCCGUGUGGCCCCACCAGAAGAGGAAGCUAUCUGUCGACGAGAUACCUGCGAGGGGAAGUGACCUACUUCCCUCACAUAGCGGACGUGUUCGAGGUGUUUCCACACAAGCAGGAAAUGAGCGGGACGGGGUGAUGUCAUUAGGAAACGCUCACCGGGUUUUAAAACAUGUGAUCUUUUGAAUGAGAGCCAAAAAGCCGGCGUGGUGGGGGGGUUUGCUUCCCGGGAGGAGGAGGGAGAGAACAGGAGCUGCUCGGAGGGCUUAAACACCAACUCGUCACUGUAGUUCGGAAGUGAUUCACCCUCACCCCCCGCUCCUGUUUGUGCAGAGGACAUUACAAGACUAAUUUCCUCGUCCUGCACACACUCUGACGCUGUUUGUCCCCCCGUGUCCCUGAUUUGUUGUCGGUAUAAUGUGAAGUCAUUGGUGUGUAACUGCAUCAUUGUUUUAUUUUAGCUCCAUCCUGAUUCUUGAGUCCGUAGCAGCCAUCCUGUGCCCGUUUAUUUCACUUUAUCAGACAGAUACACAAACAGAAAGACUGAUUCUCCCCUGUAUCAGACUGGGCAGCAAAAAGCUUAAUUACUUGGGUAACGCCUCCAGGAGUUGGCCAACAAAUUAGUGACACUGUUUUGCAAAACAUAACUUGCUUAACGCGUUUUAAAUCCCUUAAUGGGCUAAAAAGCGUCAGUCGACCAAGUGAAAAAAGGGAGUAAUUGUGUAAAAUGACAGCCAGUUUGAGCCAUGAGUCAUUCUCCCAAUGCACUUUAGGGAGGGAGUGGAAAUGCGAGCAACAAUUAAACCUUGUUUGUGAGGAGCUGACGACACCAGAGCUCUCUGCUUUGCAUUUCCUCCAAGUGUUCGGACUCUUAUUAAGACCCGGUCACACCAGGAACAAUAAAGACGAACAGAGGAAAUAAUCAGCUGGUUUCUUAAAUAUAGACAGCUGUACACGUUCAUUUGUGAUGAGUCAUGAUCAAAAAGCACUGCGUUACAUUGGUGUUAACCUAAAAUAUACUGAAUUAUUGCAUGAAACUGAAUAAAAGGAGGCAGAAAUAACUUGUAAAACCAUCUUUUUUUUGCAGUUUUAGGAACAUUUUUGUCUGUUUCCCUCUGUGGUGUGACCGGGCCUUCGCUCAACUUGGAUAAUAUUCCCCGACAUGGUUUGAAACACUAUUAGGUUUGAAAAUUGUCACAAAAACCAACUACUUUCUAAGCUAUGAAGAAACCGUGUUGUUUACAGUGUGAAUUAGUGUUAUUUCCUCUCAGCAGUGCAAUUAAGAAGCUGUUUGAAUAUCAAAGGUAUUGAUGCACUUUUAAUGUAACCUCCCAAUUAUCUUGGCCCAAAUCUGUCUUCCUAUCCCCCCC